AUGCUUGUAUCUCAAUUGAUUAACGGUUCACCAUCUUCAGUAGCACUUCAAGUUCGAAAGGCCAUUACCGAUAUGAAUAAUAGUCGUAUGCGAUCUAUAAUUAAUUGGGUUGAACAACAACCAGAUAAAUCAUUGAUUUCUGAAAGUGUUUUGUUCAAUGGCGAAGAUUUUGGAAUAACUAAUGUGUCAAAAUUUCAAAAGCAUAAUUUAAUAGAUUUUGGCGAUGGAAAUCCUAUAAAACAGAGACGUUGUCGAGAAUUUGCAACUGAUGGGUUUUCUAUAGUGCUGAGUACUGAGACCGAUGAUGGAAUAGAAGUUUACUUUAGUUUACAAACUGAAAAAUUGGAAAUCAUGGAGCAGGAUCCUGAAUUUAAGAAAUUCAUUGUUUUAUAA